CUCCUUGCCUUUUUUGGAACAUAAGACGUUUGUUUCCCGGGGAAGUGCUGGAAAAUGGCUGCUACCGAAGAACCAAUCAUCUGUAAGCUGGACCGUCUUGAUAACAUCUUGAGGCAAUUGGAGGAAAUUAGAGGGUGUAGCAGGUCCUCAAAGAGCUCAUGUACAUCCACACCAUCAAGUGGGGCCCUCACCAGUGAUGGACAAACCUCGUCCGUUGAUCUCUCCCCAAAAAGCCUAGAGAAGCACCACUGCCGUCCGAUUGCAGAUGUGAGGACGGAGACUGAGGUCAAAGGAUCUCUGAUGGAGAGGCUAGUUCAAGUAGAGGUUCGUCUCCUAAAGCUGUGUUUGCAGGUGGAGGAAGAGUUGGAAGAAGAGAAGAGGAGAGAAGAGAAGGCCCGUUCAAAGGCCCAUAAGAAGGGCCUAAAGCAGUUUGUGAAAUCUUGUGUUAAAGGCGGUAUUGAAUCACCCAAAGCCCAUUCUCAGGCCCAAUAGGGUUUGUAUUGGGCCAGCUUGAUGUGGAAAUUGGGCCGUGGCUCAUCUCCACUUCUUAUGGAGGGCUUGUAGAAUAGAAAUGAUGGAACAAGGCCCAAGUGGCCAUGAUGUUUUGUAAUUUGUGAAGCAAUGGGCUUGCCAUGUUCUUUUUUUGUUU